UCCAAGCCCUCCACCCAGUGAGCGCAGAGGGAGCUGAAGGCGCCGCGCGGGCUCGGGACCUGCCGCCCCCACCCGGUUGCCGAGGUCGGCGUCGCCGCCGCGGGGUUUCGGGGAGGCCUGCGCGCUGCGUGGCCUUCUCCCGGCCAGCUGUGCGGGCGGCUGGACCAGCAGCAGCAGGGAGAACUCGAGCGCCGGCGGCAGCAGCGACACCAUGGAUCUGUCUUUUAUGGCCGCACAGCUGCCCAUGAUGGGAGGCGCCUUCAUGGACUCGCCCAACGAGGACUUCAGCACCGAGUACUCCCUCUUUAACUCCUCCACCAACGUGCACGCGGCCUCCAACGGCCAAGGUCAGCCCGAGGAGCCGCCAAGGUCGUCCAACGAUGCCGUCUUGCUCUGGAUCGCCAUCAUAGCGACGCUGGGGAACAUUGUCGUGGUGGGGGUGGUGUAUGCCUUCACCUUCUGAGCCGCGGGAGCUCCGGGACGGCCCCCCCUGCGCCGGGCUCACAGCGGGGCAGUCGCUGUUGGCCUUUGGCUGCGCCCGCGUUCUAGAACCAGGAGUGCUGACCAGGUGCGCGGUCUCUCCAAGGGGAGUCACCAUGCGUCUGGGAUUUCCCCAAGCGGCCCUGAUUUCAAAUACUCCAGGCUGUGGUCCAGCUGAUCCAGAAAAUAUGGGAGCCUGGGCUUCCAGCCCCCGGAGGCACGCCGGGGCAGAGCCUUCGAGGAGUAGAUUGGGGAAUUCUUGAAACUGCAUUCCACGAACACGAGACCAGAUGGAGCAGCCAGUCAGUUUAAAAUACAAACAUGGUUGGAUGAUCCUUUGCUGGCACGGAAUAAUCACUUCUGUGUCUCGUUUUUCUGCCAGCUUACCUGAGGGCAAGGGCAGCCCUCAGAACUUGAGUGUUGCCACCCCAGUCUGGUUUCCCAGUCAGCCCCUCGGAAUAUUGGUGGUGGUCACUUGAAGGGUCAUAAGAACGUUCCUCAUUUGACUUGGAAAUGGCGUCUUUGUUACCAGACACCUGGCCCCUUAUGAAACCCAAGGUUGGGGGAUUCCUGGUGACGUGGAUUUCAGGGGUGGCAGUGAUGGUGGUUUUUAUCUGCUGGGUGGACUUUCUCUUCUUUGUGAAAAGAGGAGAAGGUGCCUUUAAAAAUUAGAUCUGCCAGGCAAUUAACUCUUUAGAUCACCCACUGAAGAUGCUCUUUCCUCUCUGAGAAAUCACGGAAUUUUAGGGAUGAGGUGUGUGUACCUCAUCGAUUGGCGGGUGGGAGGGAGAGGGACGUGAUUUGCCUGUGGUCCCAGGGCAUGUAAAGGCAGGGGUCAGAGCAGGAGGGACAUUUCCUGCCCAUCAGUUCUGGGCUGUCUCUGCCCCAUCUAAGCACUGUCUUGAGCAGAUUCCUGCCUUCUCAGCUGCCCUGUGCAGAAUGUCCAGAGGGUCUGGAAGCGGUGUGCAGGGCGGGCAGGGAGUUAGACACCCACACUGUACACUUGGUUUGGCUCCCAUGCACCCUUGCAGGUGUAAAUAUGCUCUCCUGAGUCAGUUCCCUUACAAGCUUAAAAGGCAGCGGCUGGGGGGCUGGCAAACCUGGGAGCCCCUCAUCAGGGCCAGAGCGCUGCUGGCCUUUGGGUGCACCCACGUGCUGGGGGGAUCAGUAUAGGAAAGGGCUCACUUUUCUUCAUGGCGCAGUGCCCCCCUUCCUGAAACAGCUCUCCCUGUGCCCCCGAGUGGGACGAGCUCAGACACGGGCUUGCUUGCCUGCAAGCCAGCAGUGGCUUUCUUCUUCCUCCCUGCUCUGUACAGAAGAAAACAGAGGCAUAAACUCCUCCUCUGUGGUUGAGAGACUUAGAAGACCGGUACAGAAGCCCUCAUGCAUACUUGGGGACAAUUGCAAAAAGGCUGAGUUUGUCACUGUGGUCUCAGGAGAAAUGAGUGUUUUUGAUAGACAAAGGGACACCUUAAUUGUCCAGAGGCAGCCACUCGUCUGUGGGAGGUUGGCACCGAGCUGCCAUGAUAACAGGAUUACCGGCCCACGCUGCAGACAGCGCCGGCCGCCAGCCCUUAUUGGCCGCAUCUGUCACUGCCGCCUGGUGUCCAUCCACAAGUGCUUCAGUUCAAGUGGAGGUCGUGAGCACAGAGAGCUGGCGUGACCUUUGCGGAGCGGGAGAAGGGCUGUGGUACCUUUGGCCUGGACUCCUUCUGGAAUCGCUGAGCGCGCCCUGCUGUCUGGAGGCAGGACCAGCCUGGAGGCGGGGCUGGAUGGCGGCCGUUGUGAGCACAUCAUUCCAGCUGCUUCUCCAGCAAACUCCUGUCCAUCAAGGCCUGGCAUCUGCCCCAUGAGCAAGGUCUUUCUUAGACACGCGGCUUUAUGAGGGAACCCAAGGGGGGGACUCCAGAGCCAGGGUGGGGAGACAAGGUGUCUUCAUGGGGGCCGUCCAGCCCCAAUACCCUGAUUCUUUGUCUUCUGACCCCACAUCCCCAGGGAGCCUGCAGCCCUGUAAGAGGCAGGUGGCAGCUCCCCGUUCUCAGAUGGCCUGUGGGGAUGGCUAUGGGAGAGAAGGUUCUAUGUUUGAUAACAGGGGGAGGAGUGGGGAAGAGAGGAAAUGUUGGCUUUUAGCUCUAAGGAAACCGCCAGCCUCCCAGGGCAGCCCUGGUGGGCCCUGUGUUCGCUGGGCAUUUCUGGGCACAGAGGUCUCCCCUCUGAAGGUUUUGUUUUCCCUGACAUGAAAACUGACAUGCUGGCAGUUAAAUUCAACUUCCAGGUCUUUCUUUUCAGUGUCAGGGCCAUAGAUGGUCAAGAGCUUUAAAGAGCUUCUUGUCUAAACCAUGCAUCGUACGGAUCACAGUGACUUGCCCAGGGUCACCCCAUUUCCAUCUCCUGUGAAUUUUUUUUCCACCUUCACUCAGAUAGCAGCAGGGAUCGAUGCACAUGUUAGAUUUCUAGCCAGAGUGCACUGCCCCUUCCCUCGUGCUGCAGUUGGGGUUCUGUCUUUGAUGUUAAGUAAAGGCCAAGAGAUCUGACAUCAUCGCUUGAGUCUUGUGUCCAAGCCUUGUGCCAGAUUCACAGGCACAGAUUUCAUCCCUACGCUUACCUUAGAGCAUCAUUGCUCCAACACACAGUUAAAGGACCAGAAGCCCCGAGGAGCGGAAUAACUUGCCCGCGGCCACACGGCAGGAAAGUGAGGCUUAAAGCCGGACUCCUUCUGGAACAACGCCAUGCUGCCUUCAGUGGCUGGGCGGCGCCUCCAGGGCACAUUUAAACCAGGCCCUGAGUCUCCAGAGGCCGUUUCCCGAGCUCCCACGUCAUGACGUGGCCUCUGCAGGUUGAAGUCUCUGACCAUCCUUGGAAUGGGGCACGUUCAUCCCCCCUUCUCUGCCCAGGCUCUGGGGGGGGUGGUCCCUGUUGCCUGCACUCCCCCCCCUUUAAGUUGAACUCAAGUCUCUCUGCAUGGCCAGAGAAGUUCCCAGAGACCAGCUUUCUCGGGACCCAUGAAGAAGGCCCUGACCCAGACCCGGAGCCCCACAGAGGGACCCACACGAGGAGUGAGGCUCACACAGCCAGAAUUGAGAAGGAGAGUCAUGGGAUGGUCUGUGCUGCAGGCUGGGCCCCAGCCCAGACUCAGGUCUUCCGCGGAGCCCCAGGGCUCUCCCGAGCAGCUGGGGAUGGCCGCUCCUCUCUCGGACCCCAGCCUGGGGCUUCCGUUCUGGCUUCUCCCAUGUGAGGCUGGCCCCUGAGCCCACCCUGGCUUGAUGGGUCCGUGCUGAGGAAGGAGGGGUUGCCUCUUCAGUAGCUGUUCCUCAGAGAAGGGGUCCUACCACUGCUGGAAUAUGCGCCUCUGCGUGCUUCUGCAUUUCCCCUCUGCCAGCCGUGGGUGUCGCACACCUGUGUGUGUUUGCGCUUCACCGCACAGACCAGCACUUGCUUUAUGAGGUCAUGAGUUGCAGUCCUUGGAGCUUUGGAGGAGAGGCCAGGCCAGGGGACGCUUUAGCCGGGCAUGUCCUAAGGGGAUUCCGCCUCCUAUAGGCCUUGGGAGAGUCAACCGCUCUGCGGGCCCCUGCUCUGUCUUUCCUGCCCUUUCCAUGGGAUUAAGAGGCAAAUGAGACUCCCUUGACCCCGUCUACCCCCCAGAGAAAGAUGCUCAUACUUCCUUUCAGGGGUCCCCCGGAAUCUGAGGGAGAAAAGCAGGGAGGACAGGCUAGUACCACGGGCCUCGAGAGACAACAGGCCAUUUUCCAGCUUGUUCUAAACGGAAGGACUCGCUGCCCGCCAACCCACUAGCAUCUGUCGGAAUCCCUUCCUGGAGACUGGAGACACUUGGCUGCCAUCGACACUGCUGCCCGAUUCCUUCCAGACAAACGGUCCUCUCCUUCUGCAGGAACUUGACCUUCCCUCAUUAUUAGUAGUGAUAUUGUUAACAAUGAUUAGUGCUGUCGUUACACACCUUCCUUGUGCUGUGUGCUGAUGUAUCUCAUUUACUUCUCAAAUCACCCCUCGGGGACAGGAGUGAAGGUACAGAGAGGUGCACAGUAAUUACUGUCCCAUUUUUCUGUUGAGAAAGCCGAGGCCAGGCUGUGUGUGUGAGAAUCCAUCGCCGAGGAGCUGUGAUUCAGACCCAGGUCUGCUGGCUCUGCAGGCUGGGCGGUCACCUUGCGUCUCGGUCUCCCUGCAUCUGCACCCUCCACGAUGAGCCCUCUGGGAUGGACCAGCCCAGGAUGAGCCUCUGAGGCUCGGCUGUUCUGGUCCUGGAGAGGGAUUUUGAGUGGACGUCCUAGAAAGGGGCGGGCAGCACUGCCCGGGUAUUUAUCAGUUGUAGAACCUCACAGCAACAAGAGGCUUUAGAGAGCAUCUAAUCAGGACCGUAACUUUCGGGAAGUCAGCUGGGGUCACAUCAUAGAUUAGUGGAGAGCUGACAGAUCCCCGGAUGGAUGCCUGGCCCAGGGCGCUGUGCAUUCACUGGGGAACACAGCAGGGCCCCGGAUGCCAGUCCCAGCCUUGGGACAGGCAUCAUGUUCUCUGGCAGUUGUCAUCUGGCCCCCUUCAGAGCAAGUCCUGGGUGGGCUGGGCUGCCGUGCUGGAGACGCCCAAGGAGCUGUGCUUCUGGCCCAAGGGAGCAGCUGGAACCUGAAUGUCCCGUGUUUGCCGGGCCCACCUCUCCUGCCUCACCUGCUCCACAGGGCCCUGACCUCAAUCAUGUGGUGAGAGCGUCGUGAUAGGGCUGGAGGGGAGGCCGGGUGGCUGGGCACUGAGAGCCCACAGGGGUGGAGUCUGUAAUCUCCAAGCGGAAAGAGAAGCCACUCCAGGAAACCCAGGUAAUCAGAAUUCAGUGGUGGCCAGGUGUCCCCAGCGAGUCACUUCUGAGAUCAGACGUUGAGCAUUUUCUUUCCUUCUUUUUUUUUUUGGAUGGGAGGCUGGGGGUAGACAGGGGACAAAACAGUGCAAACCAUGGUGAUUAAAGGUAGGAAAGUUCCCUCCAGAGUGAGAAAACAGCAACUAUCAGGAGUGCCAUGGAAUUGUCAAAAGUACCUGAAAAGGACUAUGUAAAUUUUGGAAAAGUCUGCAUGGCUUGUUCUGAGUCUUGGUAAAAAGUCAUACUUUUUUUUUUUGUCAAGAUAGAGAAUAAAA